GUACAUUCUGUUUGAUGGAGAUGUGGAUGCUCUCUGGGUUGAAAACAUGAAUUCUGUCAUGGAUGACAACAAGUUAUUGACCCUGGCAAAUGGGGAGCGGAUUAGACUUCAGUCGCACUGUGCUUUGUUGUUUGAGGUUGGUGACUUACAGUAUGCAUCUCCUGCCACCGUAUCCCGCUGUGGAAUGGUCUUUGUAGAUCCUAAAAAUCUGAAAUAUAAGCCCUACUGGCAGAAGUGGAUACAAGGAAGAGGAAAUGAGCAAGAGAGAAUUGAAUUGGAUCGUCUCUUUCAAAAAUAUGUGCCCUACCUUAUUGAUAUGAUUGUAGAGGGAAUUGUGGAUGGCAGACAUGAAGAAAGGCUGAAGACCAUUGUUCCUCAAACAGAUUUAAAUAUGGUGGUCCAGUUGACUGUGAUGCUGGAAGCUCUAGUUGUGAUACAGUCUGAUGAUCCUGAUGUUCUGGAGUGUUUUUUCUUGGAAGCUUUGUAUUCCUCCUUAGGUGCUGCUCUUCUUGAUGCUGGGAGAAUUAAAUUUGAUGAAAAAGUUAAACAUAUUUCCUGCAUGCCUACUGUUCAUGAUGACAACAUCCUGGCUAAGCCAGGGGAGCUGCCAGGUCAGCUGCCAACUUUGUAUGACUUUCAUUUUGAUGGAUUUCAAAAAAAGUGGGUACCCUGGAUGAAACUUGUUCCUGAAUAUAUUCAUAAGCCUCAAGUAAAAUUUCUUGACAUUCUAGUCCCUACAGUGGAUACAACACGCACUACUUGGUUACUGGAACAGAUGGUAAAAAUAAAACGUCCAGUUGUUCUUGUAGGCGAAUCGGGUACAUCUAAAACAGCAACUGCACAAAACUUCCUAAAAAAUCUGGACAAAGACCUUAAUCUGCUGCUAGUAAUUAACUUCUCUGCUCGUACAACAUCAACGGACAUUCAACGAAACCUAGAGACAAAUGUAGAGAAACGAACAAAAGAUACUUACGGUCCUCCUAUGGGAAAACGUCUCAUUGUUUUCAUGGAUGAUAUGAAUAUGCCAAGGGUUGAUGAGUAUGGCACACAGCAACCCAUUGCCCUGUUGAAGCUGCUGCUAGAGAAAGGUUUCUUGUACGACCGUGGUAAGGAGAUGAACUGUAAACUUCUUCGAGACCUGGGUUUUAUUGCUGCCAUGGGGAAAGCUGGAGGAGGUCGGAAUGAAGUUGACCCUCGAUUCAUCUCACUCUUCAGUGUUUUUAACAUACCUUUUCCUUCUGAGCAAUCACUGAAUUUGAUCUAUACCUCCAUCCUGAAAGGCCACACCGCGGUGUUUAAUGAGUCUAUAUCAGCCAUCACUGACAAGAUUACUCUGUGUACUUUAGAGCUGUAUAAAAUGAUUAUUCAUGACCUACCCCCUACUCCUUCCAAAUUCCAUUACAUUUUUAACCUGCGGGAUCUUUCCAGGGUCUAUAAUGGACUUACUCGCACAACUCCAGAAAGGUUUCAAACGGUGACCCAGAUGGUGAGAGUUUGGAGAAAUGAGUGCCUGAGGGUUUUCCAUGACAGGCUGAUUAAUGAAGCAGACAAAGCAUUGGUACAAGGCCAUAUAAAAAAUUUGAUUGAAGAGAAUUUCAGAGAUGACUUGGAGCAGGCCAUGAGGGAUCCUAUUCUUUUUGGAGAUUUCAGAAUGGCACUGAGUGAAGGAGAACCUCGUAUUUAUGAAGAUAUCCAAGACUAUGAUGCAGCAAAAGCUCUCUUUCAGGAGAUUUUGGAGGACUAUAAUGAAGUUAAUAUUAAAAUGAAUCUGGUUCUUUUUGAUGAUGCCUUGGAGCACUUAAUCCAUGUACAUCGCAUCAUACGGAUGUAUCACGGCCAUGCCCUGCUCAUAGGAGUGGGAGGCUCAGGAAAACAGUCUCUAACGAGACUGGCUGCCUAUACAGCUGGAUGUGAGGUAUUUGAGAUCAUCUUGAGUCGAGGAUAUGGAGAAAAUAAUUUCCGAGAAGAUUUGAAAAAGUUGUACCAGAAGCUGGGCAUUGAGAACAAGUCAAUGGUCUUCUUGUUUACAGAUGCCCAUGUAGCGGAAGAGAGUUUCCUGGAACUCAUCAACAACAUGUUAACUUCAGGAAUGGUGCCAGCCCUGUUUCCGGAGGAUGAAAAAGACACCAUACUAAGUCAGAUUGGAGAUGAAGCUACUAAAGCUGGCGCGAACCCAGCUAAAGAGAGUGUCUGGCAAUAUUUUGUAAACAAAUGUGCAAGCAACCUUCACAUUGUCCUGGGAAUGUCCCCGGUUGGGGACAGUCUGAGAAUGUGGUGCAGAAAUUUCCCAGGUCUUGUCAACAACACUGGUAUUGACUGGUUCUUGCCCUGGCCCCCCCAGGCCUUGUAUGCAGUUGCACAAUCCUUUGUCGGAAAUAGCACACGCAUCCCAUCAGAAAGCUCCAAGUCGGUGAUUGAGCACAUGGUCAUGGUGCAUGAAUCUGUAGGUGAUUUCAGCAAGAGGUUUCUGCAGAAACUGAGACGUAGCAACCAUGUCACACCAAAGAAUUACCUGGAUUUUAUCCAUACUUACUCAAAAUUGCUGGAGGAGAAAAACGAGUUCAUUUUAGCACAAUGUAAACGGCUGCAUGGGGGCUUAGUUAAACUGAAGGAAGCUAGUAUACAGCUGGUUGAGCUGAACAAGAAACUUGCUGAGCAAAAGAUUGUACUAGCAGAAAAAUCAGCUGCUUGUGAGGCUUUGUUACAAGAGAUUUCAUCAAACACAGAAGUCGCUGAGGAGAAGAAAAAGCUGGCUGAAGAAAAAGCUAUGGAGAUACAGGAACAGAAUAAGAUUAUUGCUAUGGAGAAGGCGGCUGCUGAGACAGCUCUGGCUGAAGUCAUGCCUAUUUUAGAAGCUGCCAAACUGGAGCUUCAGAAGCUUGACAAGUCUGAUGUUACUGAAAUCAGAUCCUUUGCAAAACCCCCUAAGCAGGUGCAGGCUGUUUUGGAAUGUGUUCUUAUAAUGAGAGGUUACAAAGAAUUAAACUGGAAGACAGCCAAAGGAAUGAUGUCUGAGGCAAAUUUCCUGCGAUCCCUGAUGGAGAUAGAUUUUGAUGGAAUUACUCAGAGCCAAGUGAAAUCUGUCCGAGGUCUGUUAAAGAAUCUUAACACUACCUUCACUGAAAUGGAACUUGUUAGCAGAGCAGGACUGGGAAUGUUAAAGUUUGUUGAAGCAGUGAUGAGCUAUUGUGAUGUAGUUAAAGAAGUCAAGCCAAAGAGAGAAAAGGUGGCUAGGCUAGAACGGAACUAUUACUCAACUAAGCGGGAACUGGAAAAGAUAAAGGCAGAGUUGGCUACCAUUCAGGAUGAGCUUAAAGCUUUGGGGAACAAAUAUCAAGAGGCAAUAAAAGAAAAGCAACAGUUACAAGAAGAAGCAGAGAUUAUGCAGAGAAGAUUAAAUGCUGCUGACAAGCUCAUCUUCGGCCUGAGAUCUGAGAACAAGAGGUGGACAAAGGAAUUAGAGGACUAUGAAAUACGAAAGGUGAAGUUGCUUGGAGACUGUCUACUCAGCGCUGCCUUUCUGAGCUAUGAAGGAGCAUUUAACUGGGAGUUUCGUAAUGAAAUGAUCUAUCAAGUGUGGCAAGAAGAUAUCCUCUCACGAGAGAUUCCUCUCAGUCAACCGUUUAGGUUAGAAAGCCUCCUGACUAAUGAGGUGGAGGUUAGCAGGUGGGUUUCCCAAGGAUUGCCUCCAGAUGAGCUCUCUAUCCAGAACGGCAUCCUGACAACAUAUGCGAGCCGCUUCCCACUCUGUAUUGACCCACAACAACAGGCAUUACAUUGGAUUAAGAAGAAAGAAGAAAAAAAUAACCUGAGGAUGGCUUCCUUUAAUGACCCAGAUUUCCUUAAACAACUAGAACUGGCCAUAAAGCAUGGAAACCCUUUCUUGUUGCAUGGUGUUGAUGAAUACAUUGAUCCUGUGAUAGACAAUGUCUUAGAGAAGAAUAUCAAAGUUGCACAGGGGCGAAUAUUCAUUGUCCUGGGUGACAAAGAGGUUGACUAUGACAGUGAUUUUAGAUUGUACCUGAACACCAAAUUAUCAAACCCAAAGUAUUCUCCCUCUGUGUUUGGCAAAGCUAUGGUUAUCAAUUAUACAGUUACACUAAAGGGCCUAGAGGAUCAGUUGCUCAGCGUUAUCACAGGUUUUGAAAGAAGGGAAUUGGAAGAACAGAGAGAGCAGCUCAUCCAGGAGACAAGUGACAACAAAAACUUGCUGAAAGAUCUGGAAGACUCUCUCCUUCGGGAACUGACGUCUUCCACAGGAAACAUGUUGGAUAACUUGGACUUGGUGCAAACCCUGGAAGAGACAAAAUCCAAAGCUACUGAGGUGAUUGAAAAACUGAAUCUGGCUGAGACGACAGCGGUGGAUAUUGAUCGUCUUCGAGAUGGCUACAGACCAGCUGCCAGGAGGGGGGCUGUUUUAUUCUCUGUUCUGUCUGAAAUGGCACUUGUCAACAUCAUGUAUCAGUACUCAUUGGUCUCCUUCUUGGAGGUUUUUGGACUCUCUCUUCGGAAAUCCAUGCCCAGUCCUAUUCUUCUUAAGAGGUUAAAAAACAUCAUGGAUACACUGACUUUCAACACCUAUAACUACGGCUGCACAGGUUUGUUUGAGAAGCACAAGUUACUGUUCUCCUUUAAUAUGACUGUCAGGAUAGAACAAGCUGAUGGCAGAGUUCCACAAGAAGAACUUGAGUUCUUUUUGAAAGGCAAUAUUUCCCUGGAGAAGAGUGCACGAAAGAAACCGUAUGCUUGGCUUCCAGAUCAAGGCUGGGAAGACCUAAUUCGCUUGUCUGAACUAUUUCCCGAGAAAUUUGAAUCGCUUCCAGAUGAUGUGGAAAAAAAUCCAGAUGUAUGGAAAAAUUGGUAUGAUACAGAUGCUCUGGAGCAGAUGCCCUUCCCCAUGCAGUACCAGAACGAUCUCACAAACUUUCAGAAACUCCUACUUUUACGGUGUUUCCGGGUGGACCGGCUCUAUCGGGCAGUAACGGACUAUGUUACUCUAACAAUGAGUGAGAAGUAUGUGCAGCCCCCUGUGAUCAGCUUUGAAGCUAUCUUUGAGCAGAGCAGUCCUUACUCACCGGUCGUUUUUAUCUUAAGUCCUGGCUCUGAUCCUGUCAGUGACCUCAUGAAACUGGCUGAGAGGACAGGCUUUGGAGGGGAUAGACUCAAAUUGCUAGCCAUGGGACAAGGCCAGGAACAGAUUGCUUUGCAGAUGCUGGAGAAUGUGGUGGUUCGUGGAGAGUGGCUAAUGCUGCAGAACUGUCACCUUUUGGUGAGGUGGCUUGUCAAUCUGGAGAAGGCACUGGAGAAAAUUACAAAGCCUCACCCAGACUUUCGCCUCUGGCUGACUACUGACCCGACCGAGGGCUUCCCAAUUGGAAUACUGCAGAAGUCAUUAAAGGUUGUGACAGAACCACCUAAUGGUCUGAAACUGAAUAUGAGAGCCACCUACUUCAAAAUUCCCCAGGAAGCCUUAGAGCAGUGCCCACAUCCUGCCUUCAAACCCUUAGUCUACGUCUUGGCGUUUUUCCAUGCUGUGGUUCAGGAGAGAAGGAAGUUUGGGAAGGUUGGCUGGAACGUCCCGUAUGAUUUUAAUGAAUCUGAUUUCCAGGUCUGCAUGGAAAUUCUUAACACAUACUUGACGAAAGCUUUCCAACAAAAUGACGAUAAUAUCCCCUGGAGCAGUCUCAAAUAUCUUAUUGGUGAGGUUAUGUAUGGUGGGCGUGCAAUUGAUAGCUUUGAUCGGCGCAUUCUGACCGUCUAUAUGGAUGAGUACCUUGGUGACUUCAUAUUUGACACAUUCCAAGUGUUUCAUUUUUAUAAAAAUGACAAGGUUGAUUAUAAAAUUCCACAAGGAACUGUAAAAGAUGACUUUGUUGAGGCGAUAGAAUCUCUGCCACUUGCUAAUACUCCAGAGGUAUUUGGUCUUCAUGCAAAUGCUGAGAUUGGCUAUUAUACACAAGCCGUUCGCGAUAUGUGGUCUCAUCUUCUUGAGCUGCAGCCUCAGACAGGUGAAAUUGGUACAGGAAUUAGUCGAGAUGAAUAUAUUGCAAAUGUUGCCAAGGAUAUAGAAAACAAAAUACCGCAAGUCUUUGAUCUCAACCAGAUACGGAAAGGUUUUGGACCACACAUAUCCCCCACAACUGUGGUGCUGUUGCAGGAACUGGAACGUUUUAAUAAGCUGAUCAUUCGAAUGGCAAAGUCAUUGGCUGAGCUGCAAUGUGCCUUGGCUGGAGAGGUUGGAAUGAGCAGUGAGCUGGAUGAUGUAGCUCGGGCUCUCUUUAAUGGACAGAUUCCUGGAAUCUGGCGGCGGCUGGCCCCCGACACGCUCAAAACACUUGGAAACUGGAUUACUUUCUUUAGAGCUCGGUAUAACCAGUACACCAGCUGGGUUAAGGAGCAGGACCCCAAGGCCAUGUGGCUCUCAGGCCUCCAUGUCCCUGAAUCUUACCUGACAGCUCUCGUUCAAGCCACCUGCAGGAAAAACAAGUGGCCCCUGGAUCACUCCACCCUCUACACAGAGGUCACCAAGUACCAGACUGCAGAAGACAUCACUGAAGGGGCUACUCAGGGCUGCUUUGUUUCUGGUCUGUUUCUGGAGGGAGCAGACUGGGACACAGAGCACAGCUGCCUUGCCAAAAGCAAGCCCGGGGUCCUGGUGGUGGAGUUGCCCAUUCUGAAGAUAAUCCCUAUUGAAGCACACAGGCUCAAGCUCCAGAACACCCUCCGGACACCUGUGUACACAACCUCCCUGAGAAGGAAUGCCAUGGGGGCUGGCCUUGUUUUUGAAGCUGAUCUUUACACUACAAAGCACAUUUCCCAUUGGGUCCUGCAAGGCGUUUGUCUCACCUUGAAUGCAGACUGACAGGCUGAAGUUG